AUGCUGAUAAUUUCCUGGGGAGUAAUAAUUUAUCUAUACAUCCAAGAAUUUCCAUACAAAAAUCAUGUAAAAAGUUUUUUCCUGGAAAGCCAACCUCAAAUCGACUAUUCAGAAUGCAAUUUGAAUUUUGAUGGAAAUUUAAAUCAUUUAAAGUUGAAAAAUGCAACAAAACAAAGUAAAGAAACAACAAAAGAGAUUUGUUUAAGCGAUGAACAAAUUCGAAUUUUUAACUUAACAAAAAAUUUGAGGCCUAGGCUAAGCACAAACUAUUCAGGUUACAAAGGACCUUGGAUAGAGGAUGGAGUUUUUUGUAAUUGGAUUGAACAAUAUUCAAAAGGAGAAAUCAAGAAAUGCAAUGUAUCUGAACCAAUUCCUCUGGUAUAUGUACCCAUAUUUUGGACAUCAAUACAAAGAAACAAGGUGGACUUAAAUGUAAAAAAAGGAUGGCAAAUCGAAGCUCAAAAUGUGUUAAAUUCACUAAAUAAUGAAACAUUGUAUUUUACAGUACUUCAGGAUGCAGAAGGAUUUAAAAAGUCAAAUUUGAAAUUUAAAUCUAUGUCCAAUUUAAUUGUAUUUAAUGCUGGAGGUGCUACAACUGGAUUUAAACAAAUUCCUAUUCCACUUAUUAAAGGAGAACUUCAAUAUGAAGGAUUAGACGCAAAAAAGGAUAUCUGGUUAUCUUCAACUAUAGUCAAAACACGUUUUCCUGUCAGGAAGAAAUUAUUUGAGACUUUUAAAUUUUAUAAUGUAACUGAUGAAAUGUUAGACAAAAUGAUCUCUUUUGAGACUUUUAGAAAUAACACAAACCAAUUUAUUCAUUACCAAGGAGAUAGGUUUAAACAAGUAAUUCAACGCUCUAUUUUUCACUUGUGUCCAAGAGGCUUUGGAAGAACUUCCUUUAGACUUUAUGAAGCAAUUCAACUUGGUACUAUUCCAAUAUAUAUUUGGGAUGACGUAAAUUGGAUUCCAUAUGGAAAUUUGAUGGAAAGGAUUGGGGUAAUUAUUCAUGUUUCACAAAUUGGUGAUUUGUUUGACAUUUUGAAUACAUUUAGCAAGGAUGAAUUGGAAUUCAAAUUUCAACAAAUCAAGAAAUACAAACAUUGGUUCACUUAUUUAGGAAUUACAAAGUAUAUAUUAAAAGUAAUUCAAAGACUUCCUCCUGAUACUAUUUUAAAGCAAAAUAUAGAAAUUCAGUAUUUAAAUUUAUAG